AUGACCGAAACUGCAAUCACUGGAAACUGCCUCUGCGGCACAGUUCAAUACGAACUCUCUGGGCCUCCCAUCAUAAACGUCCUCUGUCACUGCAAGAAUUGUAAAAAGUCGACCGGAUCGAGUUUCAUGGCAAAUAGCAUUUUCAAGAAAACCCAACUCCGGAUCCAUACUGGUCAGCAGAAUCUGAGAACAUAUCAUGACAGCCAGACCGAUGCAAAAGUUACCGUCAACAGGUCCUUUUGCACUACAUGUGGGUCAUCACUGUUCAUCACGAAUGAUGUGAGCCCCAUGCUAGAAGGCGCAGUUAUCGUGACUAGCGGGACAAUGAAUCUUGAGGGUAAAGAAUGGGCUCCGAAGCAAGAAUAUUAUUGCAGGAGCAGAGGAAGUUGGGUGCCGGUUAUUGAAGGGACCGAGAGGAAUAACACCCUGCCAUAG